AUGUCUCUGUCCGUGGUGUGUUGGACCAUGGGCCAGCUCGUGAUGGUGUACAGGGCCGUGAUCGGCACUGGGGCCGGCGGCCUAGUGACCCUGCGUGAGCUCCUGAAGGAGGGGCACCAGGCGACGGCCUUUGAGCAGGCAGAGGAUGUCGGGGGCGUCUGGGUGUAUACUGAGGAAACCGAGACCGAUCCCCUCGGCCGAGACACUGGAAGGAGGCAGGUGCACAGCAGCAUGUACGCAGGACUGCGAACCAACUUGCCGCGUGAGGUCAUGGGCUUUGGCCACUACCCCUUCACCACCACAUUCCCAGGGUCGGCGGACCCUCGGCAGUUUCCCACCCAUGAUGAGGUGAGGAGAUAUCUGGCCGCCUAUGCGGCAGAGUUUGGUCUGGAGCCCCACAUCAGAUUUGACUCCAGGGUGACCCAAGUCAGGCAGGAGGAGGCCUCAACUGGGGAAGCUGGCGCGCCACCACGCUGGAGGGUGUCGACUGCGUCUUCGAAAAGCCAAGCAGGGGCUGGUGUGGCCAAGCAGGAGGAGCGCCAGGAGACCUUUGAUGCCGUGGUCGUCUGCAGCGGCCACUUUUCUCAGCCUAAAGUUCCUCAGCUCCCGGGGGUGGAGUCCUUUCCCGGGCAGCUGUUCCACAGCCACAACUACCGCCACGCCUCGGAUUUCGCGGGCCAGCGUGUCGUCCUGCUGGGUGCCGCUGCCAGUGGGAGCGACAUUGCAUUGGAGCUCCUCGGAACCGCCAAAUGGGUCUACCUUUCGGCACGCAGCUUCAGCAACCCGCUGACGGGGGAGCCCCAGGCGGCGGCCGUGCACAGCGACGACGAAGCGGAGCAUGCCAGCACAGGCGCAGCGCAACGGCAUGUGACGAAAGUCAGCUGCAUCUCGGCCCUGCACCCAGAUGGGUCUGUGGAAUUGGCAGACGGUACGCUGCUUCCUAACAUCGACACGGUCUUGCUGUGCACAGGCUACAGCUACACCUACCCUUUCCUGGAGCCGGGCCAUGUGACCGUCGAUGACGUGAGGGUGCGGCCCCUGUACAAGCACCUGUUCCCUCCCGCUGACGCGCCACGGCUGUCCUUUGUCGGCCUCUGCUUCAAGAUUGCGCCCUUCAUUCAGUCCGAGCUCCAGGCCCGCUGGAUAGCUCGGAGUCUCUCGGGCCGGGCGCGGGCGCUUCCAUCUGUCGAGGAAAUGGAGAGGGACGUGCAAGCAUUUGAUGCAGCGCUGGAGGCGGAGGGGAUCCCCCCCCGCUUCACGCACCGCUGCCAGGGUGAGUACCAGUGGAAGCUGAACCGAAGCUACAGCGAGGCAGCCCAGGGGCCCAUAGUUGGGAGCUGGCGGGAAGAGGUCUUCAACGCCACUGGGAAGCUGAGGACGGACUUCCCCGAGACCUACCGCAAUGUGGGAGUGGGCGGCGGCGACAAGUGGGCCCUUGCCGCCGCGGCCGAGGCUCAAGCCCUGAGCGAGUGGGAGGAGGGGGGCAGGAAACCUCUAGGAGAGUGA